AUGGCCUCACUUGCUGAGGCUAACAUAUAUGUCUUAGUCGAUCUCACCGCACCGGGGUAUACCAUAGAUGGCCGUAAUCCCCAAUGGAAUGAAGGACUCUAUAACCGCUACACAGCAGUCAUCGACGCCAUGCAGGAAUUCAAUAACACUUUCGGAUUUCUUGUUGGCGACGACAUUGCCGGCUCCCCACAUGAAAUCAGCGCUUUCAUUAGAGCUGCUGUGCGUGACAUGAAAGACUAUAUUGCCAGCAAGGGUUAUAGAAACAUUCCUGUAGGAUAUGCUGCCAGUGAUAAUGGCAGUAGCCUUGGAAUCGCCCAGUAUCUGGCUUGUGGUGAUCCGAGCACAGCUGUCGAUUUUCUAGGCAUCAACAAUCGUGAAUGGUGCAAGUUUGACGAUUACGAUACGUCAGGCUAUUCAGCCAUGACAUCUGCCUAUUCUAGAUACCCUGUGCCAACCUUUCUUGCUUCGUACGGCUGCCUCUCAUCGGAGUCUGGUCUGACUGAGGAUUUCUCUGAGAUUGCUUAUAUCUACGAUAGCAACAUGACCACGAUUAUGUCUGGUGGCUUGUUCUACGGCUUCUUCUCAACGAACGAGUCGGCUCGAUAUGGGUUGAUCACUACAGAUGGUCACGAAAACCUUAACGCAAGCAACAGCAGUUGGUUCGAUUCAUAUGAAUACUCGAUGGCUAGAGUCCCGUCCACGCCCUUUGGUUCCUCUCACUUUAGUCCUUUCCCUACUAGCUGCCCGGCAGAUGCUGUGACUAGUCUCCCUCCAAAUCCCGUUCUCCCUCCAGACCCUGUACGGGCUGCAUCAAAUACCACGUCCCCGCGCGACCCACAAAAGCCCGGCAGUCCUCCACAUUCAUCACAUCUCUCGCAUGCUAUCAUAGCCGGCAUUGCUGUUGGCUGCAUUCUCGGCACGUCUUUUCUGGUGAUGAGUUCUUGCCUUGUUAUUUAUGGAAAGAGAAGACGGACCGCACAUGCAGAGGCCUGGAGCAAAGCAGAGCUCCCAGCGAACGGCGUGGACAACGAGGCAAGGGGCUUGGGGCCGCACAUGCUUGAUGGGACGGCAAUUGCAGAAGUUGAGGGUACCCAGCGAAUGCUAGAAGUCGAGGGGAGGAGUACGGCCCUCGAAAUGGAGGGCGGAAGCACUGAAAUCUUCGAGGCGCCGGCCGAUCUGUCAGCCUUGCCCGAACUCAUGGCAACAGAGUAG